AUGGACAUUACCGAGAGCCUGAUCGAAGGUGCUGUGAAGUACCUCACUGGCAGAAAGACGACGCUCGCGUUCCACCUCGAGGGCAGGGACAGCAAGAAGGCGCGAUGCGACAUAUUCACGACGCUGGAGAAGAAGCUGGAUUUUCUGGCGAGGGAGACGCUACACACCGAAGAGGCGAACAACAUAAUGUCGAGCGCAGGAAAACCGGACGAAUACGAAUACAUGCUUACCGGCGAGUUUAUCAAGCCUCUGCAUCUCCCCCGCCUUCAUCGUCAACUGCAGGUGAUGUCACCACUUACCAAGUGCCGCCAGCUGAACGAUCCGUCGGAGCAACGGCUGUGGUCUGAGGAGCGGGCGAGGCAGAAGGAGCAGGCUGACGACGAGGCACAAGGUAUCGACAAGACGACGGACGCUAUCCUUUUCCGCCGCUUCUCUCUCCUACUCAAGCUCCGGCAGCUGAACUAG